AUGUAUGAUGAUGUUGUAAUUUACCGAGAGAGAUAUGAUUAUAUUCCACAACAAGAAGACAUCAAAACAACUUAUAUAACUAAUCCUCAACAAUACAGGAAAAAAAUUGACUAUAUCAGAAGCGUGGAUCUCUACCGCAACUGGUCUCUUCUGGCAGGGAUAAAAACUGAUUUAAAAAUGUUUCCAGCAAAACUACGCAAUCAUCUAUCAGAAAUGGCAACAAAAGCUCACAGACUAAAGGACCAGAUUGACACUGUGGCAUGUGAUGUUAAAAUAAGAUACAAACAAAUUCUUAUUCAGAGAUUACAACAACUUGUCAGAAAAAUGAAUGAACGCAUUGCUUUUCUCGAGAAUUAUGAAAACAUUUCCCAUAUCUUAACAUCUAAGCCUGUCAAAUUCAUAUUAUUUAAUAAGAAAACCCCAGUGCCAAAUGGAAAAGCCAUUCCUAAUCUUUCACUACACACUUUUUUAUCAUUGAAUAAGAAAACGAACAUGGGAGAUGUAAUUAAGUUACUGAGUGAUUUUCAAAUCAUAGAGAUAGGAAAAAGACAUGUCAAAAGUGAAAAUCUGUUGGAACUGAUGUCUUCACCCAUGAUACACAGGUAUGUCGAAGUGCCAAACGUUAUUCGUGUAAAUCACGUUUCCUGUGUGACUCCAGAUCGUGUCUGGAUAAGUGAUAUAAACAGUCUUAUUUUUAUGAACAGAGCAGGUGACAUACUAGAUUUUCUCACAGAUAUUAAUAAUUAUGGAGCACACACAGUGGACAUUAGAGGUGAUCUUAUCUAUAUAGACUGGGAAUAUAACAUUAACAAGAUAUCAGUGGAUAACGGAAAAAAAAUUUCAUUGAUGAAGAAAAAAGAACCUUGGAGAUCAAAUUGUAUUUACUGCAACCCCUCCGAUGGCAAUUUACUGGUUGGGAUGUAUAAUACUGACACAUUUACAAGCAAGGUAAACCGUUACAACGAUGAAGUACAAGAGAUGCAAACAAUACUUUAUAACUCUGGUCAGAAACUCUAUGGAUUACCUAUCUAUAUCACAGAAAACUGCAAUGGUGACGUUAUUGUAUCUGACUAUUUUCAAGGGGUGGUGGUCACAAAGCGUGAUGGAGGUCAUCGCUUUUCCUAUACAGGACGCCCAUCAGAGUCAGGGUUAAGACUAUUCCGAAUCUGUACAGAUGCGGUCUCACAUAUCCUGGUAUGUGAUGGUCAAACAGUUCAGGUGAUCGACAAGGACGGUCGUUUCCUGACAUUUCUACCGUCAAAACAACAGGAGAUCAAUUUGCAAAGGAGCCUGAGUUAUGAUGACAAAACUCAUCUUCUCUGGAUUGGAACACGGUGGAAAAAUACAGUAUAUCUAUACAGAUACAUAAAAAGACAGGAACUGUCCUAA